AUGCAACUCAGGAUGUAUCUUUUUCUACCUGGAUUUCUUGCCGUCACUGUUGCCCAAACAUGCGAGGAUCUUGUGGACUUCUGUGAUGCUCUUCAGCCCAUCUGCAUUGGCAGUAUUAUUCAGUACCAGCUACAGCAGCUCCAAGCUGUAGCUGAUCAAUUGUCGAAUAGUACUUCCAUCCCGGCGCUAGAAAGUUCGCUACCGCUCUUGAGGUCGGAGGACCCCAAUUCUCAACCAAUGGUUGGAUCAGUUGCAAGCAGCUCUGAAAUGGAAGAGCUUGAGCAAGAAUUUAAGGAUUCUCUACCUUUUUUGAAAGAGUCAUUACCGUUAAUCCGUGAAUCACUGCCACUCAUUCGCGAGUCUCUUCCGCUUAUCCGCCAUAUAAUCGAUCCUAUUUAUUACAAAGAUGACAAAACUACCUGCCAGCGAAAGGCAACAUGCAAAAGUAAGACAUUGAUUCAGAACUUAAAACAAAUACCAUACUUCAACAUGGUCGCUACAAAAAUGGUUAAGUACACAAUAAUUCUCGCAUUUGCAACAGGUUGCCGGGAAUGCCCAAAACUGCGUGAAGCUGUAGCCAAUGUUGUAGAAGCAAUAUGUCCAAACACAUGUCGCGCUUGCAGCACUGGUAAUAAUGGUACCUUCUACUACUUUUUAUUAUGGAAAACAAUUUCAGUACAAGUGCCAAGGAUUGCCGCUGCCACUCUUGUGGAGUUCUACCUAUGA